UGUUCUCUUCCUCCGGCGAGGCAGGCAGGGCGCGCCCGAGGCGGAGCCGGUCCCUCCCCAGGCGGCCCGGGAGGAAGCUCAUAAAUAGAGCGCGGCCGGGCGGAGGAGGGCGCCUGCCGGAGCGUAGUGCAGUGGAUAGAGGGGGACGCCGCCCGUUUGCGCGCCCGCCUGCCCGGGACUCGCCGGUUCGAGACCCGCCAGCCGCCCUCCUGGCAUGGCUUCGCUGCUGGGCUCAUACGCCUGGUCCGAGAGACUGGAGUGCUCCGCGCUGGAGCUGCCCGACGGGGGCGCAGCAUCCGCCGGCGCCGUCGGAGGGAGCCGGCCCGAGAAGGGGUCCCCCGAAAGCCGCAUCCGACGCCCCAUGAACGCCUUCAUGGUGUGGGCCAAAGACGAGAGGAAGCGUUUGGCUGUCCAGAACCCGGAUCUGCACAACGCCGAGCUGAGCAAGAUGUUGGGCAAAUCCUGGAAGGCUUUAACGCUGUCCCAGAAGCGGCCGUACGUGGAAGAGGCCGAGAGGCUGCGGGUGCAGCACAUGCAAGACUACCCCAACUACAAGUACCGGCCGCGGAGGAAGAAGCAGAUCAAGCGGAUCUGCAAGCGAGUGGAUCCGGGUUUCCUGCUGGGGCACCUCUCAAGGGACCAGGACUCCGUGCCGGAUAAUCACAGGGUGGUUGGAGAGAAAGACCGGCAGGCUGACUACUCUCCCGGUCCGGUGCUGCCCAGCCUCGGGAGAUACCGGGAGGUUCAGAGCAGCGGCGCUGGUACCCCCAUGGACACCUAUCCCUACGGCCUGCCCACCCCCCCAGAAAUGUCCCCCUUGGAUGCGAUAGACCCUGAGCAGAGCUUCUUCUCCUCCGCCUGCGCCGAAGACCCUUGCCGCUCCAACCUGCCCGGGAGCCCCUACUCUCUGGAGUACGCCGGCGGCUCCCUGCAGUGCGGCCGCCCUCUGGGCCACCUGCCCAUCUCUCAAACCGCCCACCCUGCUUCUUCCCCUUGCUCGGCUCCCCCCUCAUGCAACUACUACCCCCCUCCAUCUUUCCACCCGGCCAUGCAGCCCCACGGCCUCCAUCCUCACCUGGGCCAGCUGUCGCCUCCUCCUGAGCACCACCAGAACUUCGACAGCCUGGAGCAGCUGAGCCAAGUGGAGCUGUUGGAGGAGAUGGACCGCGAUGAGUUUGACCAGUACCUGAACGCCCCCGGACACCCGGAGCCUGGUGGGUUGGUGGUCAACGGGCAUGUCCAGGUGUCUCAGGUGCCGGGCGUCUCCCAUUCCUCCGAGACCAGCCUCAUUUCCGUCCUUGCCGACGCGACAGCCACUUACUACAACAGCUACAGCGUUUCUUAGGCCUGUGGGGCGAAAUCGGCUCCACAGGCUGACUGAGGACAGGCUUUGGGGUGUUUUGCCGGACGAUAAAAACCUGUGUGCCACCUUUGGCCCCGCUCAACCCUUUCUCCUCAGGGUUUCUCUCCCCCGUCUGAUCUGAAAUCGCCUUGGACGUUGCCUGCUAGGCUUAAGGACUCCUAACAUCUUAACUUCAGAAAGGCCUUUUGAAAGUUUUAGUUUGAAAGGCCUUUUCGGUUCCACUUCAAAGGGCCGUGGGAACCUUUUGACUGACGGCCAGAGCGUCUUAAUCGGGAAGCACUCCUGUCCCUCCCAUUGGAUCGAAGGGUCUGCUCUGAUUUUUAGGGUGAUUGGAGGGGCAGGGGAACCAUGGGACUCUUGCCACAAUAGGGGCCUGAAAUGCUUGGGGGUUCCCACGUUGGAUUUGCAAACUGGAGUCAAAGAUGGAGAACUCAAAAUUGGCCUCUGUGUUGAUCUGAGCAGUUUCCUUCCCACCCUUUAACUCUCACCCAGGCAACAGGGGAACAAAAAUAAAUCUGGAAAGUGAA